GCAACACUAGUGUGUUUUGUAAGUGUUGUGUUGUGGUUGUGGCUGUGGUUUGGUUAGUUAGUUUAUAUUCUGUGGUUAAUUUUGAUUUAUUUGUGUUCUGUCGUAAUUCUGUUUCAUUUUAUUCUGAGAUUUUAAUUAGGUUAUUAAAGAAAAGCAAUGUAGGUGCAAAGCUUUUGAAAUAGAAGUUAUAAAAAAUUAUUAAUAUUCAAAUCGAAAUGUGACGGUGAACUUGAAAAUACUUCCACUGGAUUAAAUGUUUCAACCAAAUAUACCGAACGAUAAAAUUAAACGAACUGACAAAGAAAAUAAUCUGAGACGAGACCGCGGAAAAAAAAACUUGAAAAAUAAAUAAAACCAUAUUUGAAAAUACAAGUGUUAAGCACAUACCUUUUUAAAAGCCAUGUUUACUAAAGCUUCUAAUACCAAAGUGAAAUUUCAAGAUCAUCAGUUGGAUGACUAUGUCCUGGAGAAUUCAGUUUUAAAAAGCAAGCUUCAAAGUAAAGUUGAUGCUUUGCUGAUAAUGAGCAAGGAGCUUGACAAAUGUAGCAUGGAGAGGGACCGGUACAAGGUUCUUGUUGAACAGCUCAAGUGUAAGAAACCCAUUGUUACUCAGCAGGAAAACAAUAGCGUGUACAGGUUUACUCCUACAAAUACCAUCAGUGGAGGUGAUAUGUUAACUAAAACACGGGAUCAUAAUACCAUGCUUAAGUUAGAGGUGGAAAUGUUGCGCAGUAAGUUAGAAGAGGCCACAGGUGAUAUUGUUGCUCUGAGGAAGCAGUUGAAGGACACUACAUUAGAGGAUAUUCAGGGUAACAAGACAACAUUUGCAAAUUCUUAUUCCAAUAAAGACUAUGAGCAACUAGUGCAAGAACUGGAAAAAUUCCAGAAGAAGUACCAGCAACUUCAACUGGACUAUCGGGCUACGUUAGAUGAAAAGGAGGAGUUAAUUUCCGACCGGGACUAUUAUAAAAACAAAGUACAGCGGCUGAACCAACAGAUUAGCUACAUCCUGUCCAACAGAGUCAAAGCGCAGAAUACUGAUAACGAUAGUAAUAUCAACCCUCCAAAACCGCUAGUGGAUAUUGAUGCUCUAAUCAUGGAAAAUAAAUAUUUGCAUGAGAGAAUUACACAACUGGAAGUGGAAAAAGAGAUAAUAAAACGAACACUAACAAAAUACAAGACACUACUUGAUAACAGAAACAAAAAUGAUUCUGUUAAACUGAAAAAAGGAUUUUCUGAUGUCAUGACACAAAAGCAAUUGAGGGAAUUUUUGGACAUAAACUCCAAGUCAGGAAUGAAAAGAAGUUCGGCCGCGGAGCUGAAGUCUAUAUGUCUAGGACUAUUUGAAGCACUCAAUGACAAGUCUAUAGCUUUGCAGCACCAGAGAAAAACAAAUCAAAUUUUAGCAAAUAGAAUAACAGAGUUGGAAAAAACGCUGGAGAGUUGGUGCGAUGGUCAAAAGUAUAUUCCAAUAUUUCCAUCACAGAUGUUACUAGAAGAAUUUCUUCCUGACACUGUUGUGGUGAAAUCUGAUGAAACUAAAGACGAGACUACUAAAUCGCAAGAUUGCUCUGAAAAUAUCAAGAGGUUCUCUGAUAGUGACGAAGAUGUGAUGAAGGAUAAUAGUGAUGGAGAUACUUCUUCAGGAGAUAGGAGUAAUUCUGAUGAAAAUUAUCAAUUUGGAGGUCUGAAUAAGAAUUCCAAAACAGUUUUGCCAGUGGAACUUGAAGAACUUGUGAAAGAGGCAUUGGCCGAGUUGAAGCCAGCCAAUUGAAGCUGGAUUAUUUGUUUUACAUAGCUUACGUGUUGCAUGGCUGUCCAAUAGUACAAUUAUUAUGAGUCAAAUGGAUUUAUGUAUUCAUACAUUCCAACAAUUUUCUAGUCUAUUAUAUUGUCUAGUCAAUGUUAAUUAAACCAAAGUUAAUAUAAGUAGGUGUAGUUAUAAAAACGUAUUUACUGAAUAAAUUAAAAUUUUACCUCAAAAUACUUUUGACUUCUUCAAUAUUUAUUUCAUUCAAUAAAGUUGACAGCGAUUUAAAAUAUAGACCUUAUUGGAUUGGCAAACUUUAUGUAAGUUUCGUCUUCAAUUUCCACUACUAACAUAGUUCUGGGAAAUUCUGGAACAUAUUUCGUAGUAUACACCGUUUUAAUAAUAGUAUGUGGCAGCUACUAGCAAUUUAUAAGACUAGUACCUAAUAUGAUAAUGUUUAUUUUAUUGGGGCGAAUAAAAAGUUAUACUAUGUUACAUGAAAAUAAUUUAUUUCCAUAUUUACUAUAACGUAUAGAAUAACAUACAAUAUUUAUGGGUUUACUACGAACAUAUAGUAAGGAAAUCCAUUUCGCAAACUCAAAAAGAGAUAAACCAAAAGAAUAAAUUAAUGUUAAAUAAACUUUGGCCUCUUAAGUAUAUUUGUAAGUGUACAAAAUUAAAUAGUUAUUUGUAAAUAAUAACACAUUUCAUAAUGAAUGUUUAAUUCAAAUUGUAUCAUAGACGGCCACGCGCUGGCCAUUAAUUAGCACUAUAUUUCUAUAAAUUAUUGUUACCUUUCAUUUUAUAAAAUAAUUACAAAGUCUUAUUAUCUUUAGCGAUUAUUACAAUUCGACAUCCGUUAAUACUCUUCAGUGAUCCGUACGAUACUAUUAUAAUAACAAACUGAAUUUCUAAACUGCUUUUAUCUCCAAGUACGAGAUCAAACCUUUAAACGAAUAAUAAAUUAAAUGACGCGUUUACAAUCUAUUUUUUUUAUACAGUCAAAGAAAAAACUGAACCAUUCCAUUAAAAAUUCCAAAUGGCGUUUGUCUUAUAAUCAGCACGGAUUUGAUCCGAAUACUGCUUUUGCAUAAAAUACAUAUAAUCAUAAAAUUAUACCCCUUUCCCGGAGGCAUAGGCAGAGACUACAUUUUCCCACAUGCUACGAUCCUUGCGUGCUUCUUUCGUUUCCUCCAAUUCAUAAAUCUCUUCAUGCAAGCUCGUCGGUUCCAGGUAAUCAUAAAAUUUACAUUUCACUUUUGCAUAAAAUAAUUUAUUAUAUUUCAAAUAUAAUAAUGUACAUCUUACAUUAACAUUACCUAUAUAUCUAUGGACACUCAGCAAGGUAAUUAAUUAUAUGGGAACAAUUAUAAAUAUUAUAAUUAAACAAAGUAAAAUCUAUUCAUAAGGGUAACUGAAACAUGAAAAAACUUUCGUUUCUUCUUAUUCGUCUGUAGCAUUUUAACAACCAGUCAAUCUCAAAAAGUUUUAUUUAACACGAUUUGCGAUCGAUAUUUGAACUAAUUUUUAAUAGGAGCUUCACUCGCGUGGGAAGUUCCAAAAUCCAUAGCUGUCAUGGUGUCUUAACCUAAGAAAUGGUGUCAGCCACCUCAUAGAAGACAAAUACUGUUGUUGCCGU